CCGCUAAAAUGUAUUUAUCAUGGACUACUUUAUUUAUUACCCUUUGGAAAAUCGCCUUUUUUGGAAUGGGAGAGAAGUCACCAAAAAAGGCUGGCGAGAAACCAGAAAAGAACCUUACUUUAUUUUGGGACCAGAAAACCACUGAAUUAAAUUCCAAAACAAAUUACGGGAUAGU